ACAUAAAACAGCUGAUUUUGACAUAUUUGACAGUGACAUGAAAAUGCAUGACAAACAUGAUUUAUCAAAUAAAAAUCAAUACAAAAUAAUCAGACUGUAAACACAGGUUUUCGUAAAUAUACGUAAAAUCGUAUCCAAAAUGUUACUUAAAAGGAAUCUACUUGAAUCUUUGACUAUAGUUUCUUGUAGUGGCACACUUAUUUGCUUGUUACUUCAUUGUUUUACUAAUAUAUCUCCUAUAAGCGGUGGUUACUUAUUCACCUACUUUAUUGCUACAUUUCUGGUGUCCUUAUUUCUCAGUUUUAAGUUUGUACAGUAUUUAUUGCACUUGAACAAACCUUUGAAAUAUGAUUGGGAGUGGUUGGAAGGAUUUCCGGAGAUAUUUCGUAGUCUUUUCCCAAAUCCGCCGAAACGAUCCAAAAUGGAGACUACCAAAGAAUAUGAUACAAAUGAGUUGAGUGUUAUCAGCACAGUGUUGGAGAAGAAGCUGGUCUCUUCGUGGUAUAUGCCGUAUAUAUCGCAGGAGAUAGGGUUUCCCUUUGGAUGUAAACAAAUGCUGGAUCAAAUGAUUGCAAAGACUUUUCAGAUCUGCAAUAAAAUAGAAACCAAAGACGUCUACAUAGAUGUGUGUUCCAUACUGGUCACGCAUUUGAAAGAGUACCGAAAGGCAUUGAAACGUCACGAGAAAGCCCCAAAUGAUAGCAUAGAGAAUCUUUACAAAAAAUCCCACUCUGCAUUUAACACAGAUAACAAAAUUAACGCUACGGACCAUUGCACAAACGUAAUACGGGUUAUCCUCAAAGAACUUAUAUCUUGGGAGCUUUGGGACACUCCCCACUCCGAAUUGCUUGUGAGAAUUCUGUCUAAAAAGCUGGAAAGCUUUAUUGAUAAUACUUUGGCGAAUCCACAAUGGCUGAACGAUAGGUUGAUGACUAUUUUAAAAGGAAAAGUCGUCAUUCCUAAAGCGGAAGCCACCGGUUUCAAUGUCAUAGAAGAUAUACAAGAAAUUGAAAUUACCGAAGCAAAACCAGAGACAACAACCAUAGAGUCGGCCCUUUCUACAUUGAUAACAAAAAGCACUGCUCCGAUUUUACACAGGGCAAUUAAUGAGGAUUAUAAUGAGGAACAGACAAGGAUGCGAGAUAUUGUUGAAGAAGUGCCCGUGACGUCAUCAGAGCCUGUGGAUAUUAAGUCGUCGCCCAUUUUGAGACAGCGACGGGGAAGACAGGGCAGGAAUGAGGUGAAAAUAUACGACAGGAUUAUAGAAGGCAGCGUAAAAACCUGGGAAACAGACUUGGAUCUCCAAUGUAUCAGCUUGGGGCAGGAUCUGCUGGCGAGCCUGGACGGGGAGCUCGCGCUCGGGCGCCUGUGGGCGCUCGACCCCGACCCCGGCCCCGACGGCAGCCCGCGGCUGAGGCGGGACAAGUCCCCGCAGCCGAUGUGGUUCGGUGAAGAAGACGCCAUUGACAUGGAAUUCGAGACCAGUCCGCCCAAGACCAGUCCGGUCCGGAAGGACCACAGUCCGAAACCGACAGACGCGAUCCUGAAAGAUCUUCAGACCACCGUCCACCAAGCUAAGACGAAAAUCGGCGACCUACAGGUCUCGAACACUGCCAAAAUAGAUGUGCCCUACAAACGCUCCGGUGAUGAAGCUGCAGGCAUGAUGGAAGGUCUGCUGGACUUCGGCAUCGCUGGUCUGAGGAAAGGACUACGUUUUACAGGACUUAGCGACGACUCACAAGACAAGUCGCCGUCGCAUCACAAAAGCGAGCGAGUCUCCCCCGCAACGGAAAUAAAGGCCAGAGAACGAGAGAUAGGCAGCUCGUCCGUUAUACAAAAAGAUGGCAACGAAAUGCCUACCCCAGCGCCACCAUUGCUGAAGCAACAGCGUGUUAUAUCACAGGACAGUUUGCCGUCGCAAGCCAAGCCGAUACUAAAGGGGGAGAUUCCCCCACUUACGUCUAUCAUAUCCCUGUCAGACUCCCCCGAGCCGGAGUAUGAAGAAGCAGCAGACUUGUCGACCAGCAUCGCAAAAUUGCGAUGUUUGUUGAGCCAAAGGGACGUUCAGAGGCCAGAAGUGUGGUGGGCUGGUGAAGACACCAGAAGCCGUUCGCACGAUAGACCUGUCGACACCGCGACCCUGGCUGACGAAUAUGACAACUUAAGUCUGGACCGAGGGUCCCCGGGGCAAACGUCGAAGUCUGACGGCAUGCAAAGGCUGGACAAGUUAUUCCAACGCACAGUGACUGGCAUGUUCAACUCUAUAAAGACUGCGGUGGGGGGUGAGGGCGGGGACGGGGGGGAGGCCCCUAGACAUGAUUACGAUUGGACCUAUGUCUGUACGUCCGUCGAGGCCAGCGUGGGGGGCGCGGUGGCGCGGCUGGUGGGCGCGCGACGCGCGCACGCGCACGUCGACGCGGCGCUCGACUCGCUCAGCCUCGCGGCUCCGCUCGCGAGGAAACGCGACGACGUCAUACCUGAUGACUUUGAGGAAUCGGUCUGGACUUACAAUCGAUCGUGGUGCGGUGUGGGCGAGUUGGUGGCAGCGGGGGGACUCCUGAGAUCGCAUGUGGCGAUUCGACUGGCCACUGUUUUAUGCGCAGAUCUAGCGGAACAGCUAAUCAACUCGUGGUUGGAAGACGUGGGCCCGUGGCUGCACCAUCAGGUCUUCCAUAGCUUCCAGAAUAUGGAGAACCAACACAAUGCUGAGGAAGAACCUUUACGCGAGCUAAACUUGGACGAAACUGUCGCGGCUGUCGUUGAGAAGUUACCAGCAACAUUCGUGUUCGGCGAAGAAGCUCUAACGUCUACGGUUCGCUUCGCACUGUCGAGCUUCAGUAACGCCGCAAUAAAUAAGGAUGUGUCUCUGCGUUUGCUCGACAUUUUGUCCGCGCAUUUCAAGAUGUCUGCCGCAAAUAGGAAUCCUUCGUUUGACGCUAACUAAAGUCUCUGAUUGUUGUGUAUUUUUAUACUAUCAAGUAGGAAAACAGGCACAUCUGAUGUCAACUGGCCACUGGACGCAUGGGCACCACCACGCACCGGGCAUGAUGAGGGGUAACAGAUCUUAGCACUCUGUCCCGUUUCUUCUUGUGUAUUCCUAAUACGCGUUUCUCUUUCUUGUAUGAGCGAAACAAAAGAUAUGACGAAGUAUAUAUACUUUUCCCUGUUUACGAGUGGAGUAUUUUUCUCGCGUGAGUUCAAUAUUAUAUUAGAUCAUUGGAAAUACUAACACGGCGAUUCUCGACACUCUAUAUAAUACGCGUCGGAAGCUAAGGGUUGUGUAACUUUUGGAAAACAAAAUUAAUUCAUACAGUCACGUCCUUCAUGUUUUGUGACAACCCUGACUGCAUUACCAACGCUGGCGGCGGUUUUGCAAUUAGCAACGCCAUUGUAAAACUGUGAAUGUCAUUAAACUGUGUUAUCGUACAGAAAUAAAGCCAAAAAGCAUUGUGAUAGGGGAAAAGCAAAUUGAUCAAUUCACAUGACAAACAAUGAAUUUGGAAAUGCCAAAGAUAAGUGAAUUUUAUUGAUACUCAUUAAUUUGUUAUAUAUCAUAGCUUUACAUUUUAGUAGAUUAGUCAGCGAAAUAUAUAUAAUAAGAUUUAUUUACGAAUUAUUUUUAUAUAUUAUUUCCAUGACAUUUUAAAGCUUUAAUUUUUGUCUAUAAGACUAAAAUGUAUGUUAAUUAGUUUGUUAUUAGAUUAAUUGAAAACAUGAUUAAGCAGAUGUUUAUAAAAAGUGAAAAUAAUAACUGAACACUUAUCCCAUUGCUUUACAGUUGCUAUGGUAACUGUAUUGCUGUAUACUUACAUAUGUACUUGUGUUUUAUUUGUAGGAAAAAUACAAAGACAAAAAAUACAAUUGUAUUUUUUGUGUACCAUUUGGCUAGGUUAUGUGGAGAGUUUAGACAAAACUAUAAUAGUAUUAGGAUGUAUAUGUCAAAAUUAUAUGUUUUAACUGUAAAUGUUUAUGUUAUAAAAUAAAGUAUCGUUCUGUUAGUAUCUUAUAGUCAAGGAACUUAUGUUAACUGGAAUCACUAGUAAUAACAAAUGACAAAAUAAUGACAUUAAAAUGCUUUGUUAUAAUAAUUACAUUUCUACAAAGUCUGCGUGCCAAUACCUAAAGUUACUAAAAUUGAGUACAAAAUUUGUAGACAUCCCUUUCUGGCAAAAUGUUUGUGUUAUAGGCGAGAAAAAAUAGCUACAACCAUUGCUAUUUACAUCAAAGUUUCGGAACGGCUUU